AUGGACAAUCAAGACAAUUCCAAUCAACAACAGGAUACCCGGGAAGGCCUGGUCCUUGCCCUACUAUGCCUCGAGAUAGUUGACCACCCGGAGCACAAGGAGAGCAUUGAGGCCAUUCUCAAGUUCUACGAAAACGGCGGCGCCCUCCCUACCGCCGACAUCAUGGAAGGUCGGGAGCUCAAGCGGCUACGCCGUCAGAUGGUUGACCGCCCGGAUGACAAGGAGAAUAUCGAGGCCAUUCUCAAGUUUUACGAAAACGGCGGCGCCUUCCCCAUCCACAACAUCGUUGUAUGGGCCUAUAGGCCCGGGCCCCACGUCGGGCGUGGUACUUUGGAAGAGUGGCGCGAUGAUGCCAAAGCCAACGGCUAUAGAGGGCAGCCAUUCAUCCAUAGGUACAUGUACCUGACCAUCUACCGCGACGACUGGGACACCUUAAACGUCAAUCGCAUGACGCCGAAAUAUGAGACGGUUACCAUGGCCUCAGACGUUGAAGUCCAGAUGGAGACCUUUAUUGGCGAGAUUCGCACCGUGAAGUUUGAUGCGGGGAAUGAGAUGACGACUCUUACCGGCUGGCUGCGCGAGUCGUUCGUCAUCAGAGACCCCGGACCUGAAAAAUGGUGGUAUCUCAGCUCCCAGUGCCGAGGGCCGGAAACAGGGCCUUCAGGCAGCUCAGCCCCAAAGCGGCGAGAGCUCAGCCCAACGUCCGAAAACGGAUUUUGCUGUGAUGUUGACUAUAUCAUGGACCAUCAUGCACCUCCAAAUAUCUAG